CUGAUAUGCAUCAAGUGACUCUGUUUUGAAUCCAUAAGAAGAUCAGAUAUGCUCUUUCUUGAUUUCAUCUUGUUCUUAUGAUGAUCUGCUCUGUUGUGGUCUGGUUCUCCUAGUAUUCUUGCAUUUAGUUUCUCUUUUUGGCGUUAGUAUUGCUUUUUCUAAUAGGCUCUGAGUCUAAAGGGAGCAUUGAAAAAAGAGAGAAAAGAUAAGAAAAAAAAAAGAAAAAGAGAGAGAAAACCAAGAGAAGGAAAUAGUAAAUUAGAAAAGGGAUAAUAUGGAAUUCCUUAUCGCUUGUGGUGCUUCAAUUGUUGCCAAAUUUGUCGAGUACACGACUGUACUAUCAGCUCGCCGACUAUUUGACUACGGGCGGAAUGUAAAUAAUCUUAGAGGUAGAAUUCAAGAACUCAAUGAUGCAGAAGAAACCAUUCGAGGUCGAGUUGAAGAGGCCACAAGAAUUGGCGAGGAGAUUCACGCUGAUGUUCAAAGCUGGCUGAGCAGCACAAGAAGCAUCUCCCAGAGGGCCGAGGAUUUUCUAAACAACAAUCGAGAUCGGGCAAAUUUUAGUUGUUGCAAUGUGCGUAUUCCGAAUUUGGCAUCCCGACGUCAACUGAGCAGGGAGGCAAGGCAAAUGGUAGAAGACGUUACACAUCAAAUUCAAGCUGCGGAAUUCAUUAGGAUAUCUUCUCGUCCUGCUUUGCACAGUUGCAUUGCGUUCAGAGGUGAGUACGAGUAUUUCGAAUCGCGAAAGAGGAUGUUGGAGGAAAUUAUGAAGGCACUACAAGAUCGUGAGGUUACCAAGAUUGGAGUGUAUGGCAUGGGCGGUAUUGGCAAAACAAUGCUCGCUAAAGAAGUUGCUAGGCAAGCCACGGAAGCCAAGUUAUUCACAGAGGUGGCUAUGACGACUAUAUCGCAAACUCCAGAUCCUAGGAGAUUCCAACAAGAAAUUGCAGAGAAGAUAAAUCUAGACAUUAAAGAGGUUGAAAGCGUGCCGGCAAGAGCAGAUCGGCUACAACGUCGAUUGAGAGAAGAAAAGCGUAUUCUCAUUAUUUUAGAUGAUAUAUGGGAGAUACUUGAUUUGCUAGAGGUUGGGAUACCCUUUGAGCACCAUGGAUGCAAGAUAUUGAUGACUUCUAGAUCUCUAGAUGUUGUACGUUCUAUGGGAGUUGAGAAGAGUUUCCAAGUUUAUAGCAUAUUUGGCGAGGAAGCAAUGAACUUGUUUCAGGGAAUCGUAGGUGAUAUUGUUGAACGACCGGAUUUCAAAAGAUUGGCAAUUGAUGUCGUUGGUGAAUGUGGAGGCUUGCCACUAGCUAUCACAACAGUUGCCUCAACAUUAAAAGGUCAGGAUAGCUUGGACGUUUGGAGGGAUACAUUGAGGCGACUACGAAAUAUUAUUUCCCCAACGAACAUUGAUGAACCGCUAAGAGAGGUUUACCGGAGUAUAAGGCUGAGUUAUGACUCUUUAAGUGAUGAACAGAAGUCAUUGUUGUUGCUAUGCAGUCUACAUGGAGAAGAUAGCAAUAUACGCAUCCAGGAUCUAAUCAUGAUUGGCGUGGGUUGGGGCUUGUUUCAUAACGUCCAUACGUUAUCAGAUGCAAGAACGAGGGUCCACUCAUUGGUUGUUAGACUAAAAGCUCGGUGCUUGUUGUUGGAUGGUUAUGGCUUUGACUGUGUUGCGGUCAGAAUGCAUGACGUUAUUCGUGAUGUUGCCUUAUCAAUUGCAUCAGAGGAGAGAGAUAUGCACAGUAUUGUUAUAGAUAAGUUGGAAGAUUGUCUGAAUGGGAAAAACCUCAAAGACUCAAAAGUAAUAUCACUACGAUAUGAAAGUUCUGAUACUCAACUUCCUGAAAGGUUGGACUGUCCGCAACUGGAGUCAUUAUUUCUUGUUUCUGAUGCGUUUGGAAGGAUGGAGAGAAGGAUGCCAAUUCCAAAGCACUUUUUUGAAAAAAGUAGACAUCAUCUUAAAUCUUUGCUUUUCUGUGAAGCAGAAUUAGUACCCAUACCUCCAUCCUUGCAUUCACUUCAGAAUCUCCAAACCUUAUGUCUACGUUAUUGUGUACUUGGAGAUGUAAAGUUAAUUGGAGAUCUAACGUGUUUAAUAAUUCUUGAUCUUUCAUACUCCACCAUUAAGCAGUUGCCCAUAGAAGUAGGACAACUAAAUCGUUUACAACUGUUAAAUUUAGAAGGUUGUAACGCUCUUGAACUGAUUGAGCCGAAUGUCAUCUCAAGCUUGAUACGACUAGAGGAGCUGCACAUCCCUUAUAGCUUUGAUAAAUGGGAGGCUGGAGAAAUCACUGUCUGCAGAAGAAGUAAUGCGAAUCUUGCUGAACUAGUGAAUUUGCCGCAACUCACUUCUUUAUCGUUAAGAGUACCACAUUCCAAAACUUUUCCUAAACAUUUCAUGUUUAGUGAAGAGUUAGAGCGGUAUAGAAUAUGUAUCGGUAGCUCAAUGCAUUCUUUCUGGGAUCCAAGACUAUAUGGAGUUGCAAGGUCAUUGGAGCUAACGCUCCAAGAAAGAAGUCAAUUAAAAGAACUUGGUCUUGAAUCGUUGGUGAAAAGGUCAGAAGCGUUAUCAUUGGAUGGAUUAGUAGGUGUCAAGAAUGUAGUUUGUGAUCUAGACAAUGAGGGGUUUUCCGACUUGAAGCGUCUUGAAUUCAGUCGCAAUGUUAGCGUUCAAUACAUCGUUAAUUGUACUGUGGACCAGCAGAUUCAUCUCCGUAAGGCCUUUCCAAUGUUGGAAACACUGCGCCUCGGGAAAUUAACAAACUUGGAAAGGAUAUGUCAGGGUAAGCUCCCACAAGAUUCAUUUAAUAAACUGAGGGAGGUCUAUGUGACAAAUUGUGAUAAAUUGAAGAAUCUCUUCCCUUUGUCUAUCGCCAAAAGACUUGAAUAUAUACAAGUGAGGGACUGUGAUAUGAUGGAGGAGGUAGUCGGCCACGGGAGAGAAAAUGAUGCCCACAUCAUCAGCGAUGAAGCUACACACCAUGUGGUUGAAUUUCUUGAACUGCACUCGUUGAUUUUACAAUCUUUACCAAAGUUUGUUCAAUUCAUCAGUUGGUCUGAGUCUGAGGCAACUUGCGGGUCUUCAUCAGUACAGUCACCAAUCCCUUUAUUUUGUGAGAAGAUUUUAUAG